GUGUCCGUCGGCUUUGCGAGGGGAGAAGAGACGAACGAAAAACAAAGAGAAAAGGGUGCGCGGAUUUUAUUAUUCGCGUCGUCUCUUUCAUUCCGUUUCCUGCGACGCGCCGAUGAACGACGGCCGCGGAACUUGAGGCGGCCGCUUCCGCGACGACGAGGACGACGACGAGAAGGGAGAAGAGAUAUCGGAGUUAUUGUUCGCGCGAUACGCGCAUUGUCCGCCACGUGAAAUGCACGGAAUAAGCCACCUAUUGUCCCAUCAUCAUAACGGCAGCGACAAUGCUAGCGACACCAGAAGCUCCAUCUCCUCCUCCUCCGCGGCGUCGGACAUUCGGAACCAGGACACGAGAUUCCUGCAGGAGCUGCUGAACCACAGCCAACAGCAGCACCAGCAGCAACAUGACGGUAGCGGUAGGCUUUAUUUACCCGAGCGACAUGUAUCGCGCGGCUCGGUCAGCUCCGCGUAUUCGUACGGCUCCUCUUCCUACGGCUCGUCCUACGGUUCGAACUCGUCCAAUCAUCAGCCGAACGUGUACCACACGAUCCACGGCAACAUCCAUCAUCACCACUAUCACCACCCUCAUCAGCAGUAUCAUUAUCGAACGGCGAGCGUCACCGGCAAGGCGUCACCGACGUCACCCAGCCCGACUAACGAGCACGAGAAGCAUCAUCAUCAUCACAGCAUACAGGAGAUGAUACGGCAUUUCGGCAGGCGACUGGGGCACAUCAGGCGGCAGAGCGAGAGCCACGAGAGCCCGAAGAAACGCGGGGAGGACUUCCGGAAUAGGAGCCAGAGCCUGGACGGCGGUGCCAGGCAUCAUCACCUUCCCGUCAGCGGUCCGCAAGAGACCGAUUGCGAGACUACGUACAGGAUCUACGAGAGCAUACUCAGGCAAGAAAUGUGAAAACUAUUCGAAUGCGAAUCGACUUUAAUCAGGGGAGAUGAUUCAAUUCGGUGAAUUGAAUCUGAAUGGUUCAAAAAUUUCGU